AUAGGGUCACUUUCACUGCAAGGCGCAUGGAGCCUCACCGAAAAGAGGCAAAGGAUAAUCCCCUAGCCACUGCUAAUCUUCUCUCCAAGAUUUUCUUCUGCUGGCUAAAUCCACUAUUCAAAGUUGGAUAUGGCAGAAAACUGGAAGAAGAGGAUAUGUAUAAAGUGUUGCCAGAAGAUGCCUCUGACAAACUUGGAGAGGAACUGCAGUGGUACUGGAAUCUAGAAGUCAAACAGGCAGUUAAAGACCUUCGCUCACCUAAUUUUGGAAAAGUGCUAGUCCGUUGCUUUUGGAAAUCCUACUCACUCAUUGGAAUCUACAAAUGUAUAGAGGAAAUCAUCCGUGUAACUCAAGCAGUGCUUCUUGGAAAGUUGAUUGAAUACUUUGAAAGAGAUAAUGCAUCAGACAUUAAUGAAGCCUAUAGUUAUGCUGCAGGCAUCUCUAUGUCAACCAUGGGUGUUACUGUAUUUAAUCAUCUGUACUUUUAUCAUGCCCAAAGAGCAGGCAUGAAGAUCCGUGUGGCUGUAUGUCACAUGGUCUAUCGCAAGGCCCUAUGCCUCAAUAGUGCAGCUUUAGCUAAAACUACCACUGGACAAAUAGUGAAUCUAUUAUCCAAUGAUGUCAACAAGUUUGAUGAGGUAACCCUUUUUCUUCAUUUUUUGUGGAUUGGGCCAGUACAUGCUCUAGCUGUUAUCAUAUUGCUUUUAAAUGCUAUUGGUCCUUCAUGUCUGUCUGGAAUGGCUAUAUUAAUGUUGAUGUCAGCUCAGUCUAUGUUUGGACGUUUGUUCUCUAGAUUCAGAGCUGAAACUGCAAUUCUUACUGAUGACAGAAUACGCACUAUGAAUGAAGUCAUCUCUGGUAUUCGUGUUAUAAAAAUGUAUGGCUGGGAGAGGCCUUUUGCCGAUCUUGUGGAUGAAGUCAGAAGAUUAGAAAUCUCCAAGAUCAUGAAAAGCUCUUAUCUGCGUGGCCUGAACAUGGCGUCGUUCUUUGUGGCCAGUAAGAUCAUGAUCUUCGCCACUGUCUGCAUGUACGUGCUGAUGGGGAACCAGCUGUCUGCCAGUCGAGUCUUUCUGACCAUGGCACUGUACGGCACAGUCAGGAUCACCGUCACACUGUUUUUCCCCUGUGCUAUUGAGAAGCUUUCAGAGUCUCUCGUCAGCAUUAGAAGGAUUCAGGGUUUCCUCUUGCUUGAUGAAGUUUGUCCUCAGUCUCCCAGUGUUACUCUGACAGAAAAGGGUGACUGCAUAGUCAAAGUCCAGGAUUUAACCUGUUACUGGGACCAAAUUCUAGAAUCUCCAACUAUUAAUAAUGUGACUUUUACUGUGAAGUCUGGACAGCUCUUGGUAGUUAUUGGACCUGUUGGUGCUGGAAAGUCCUCCCUUCUCAGCGCCAUCCUCGGAGAGCUGACUCAGAACAGUGGCUUGAUCAAGGUCAGAGGAGACCUGAGCUACACCUCUCAGCUACCCUGGAUAAUCCCUGGUACAAUUCGCAGCAACAUCGUCUUUGGCAAAGAGUUCGACUCCCAGAAGUAUAAUAGAAUUGUGAGAGCGUGCGCCCUUAAGAGAGACAUGGACCUAAUGGCGGCUGGGGAUUUGACCAUCGUUGGAGACCGCGGGACUAACCUCAGCGGAGGGCAGAAGGCCAGGGUCAGCUUAGCCAGAGCAGUUUACCAGGAUGCAGAUAUCUACUUACUUGAUGACCCACUGAGCGCUGUGGAUGCUGAGGUUGGAAGACACCUUUUUGAGGAGUGCAUCUGUGGUCUUUUAAAAAAGAAGCCCCGCAUUCUGGUCACUCACCAGCUGCAGUAUCUGAAGGCAGCUGAUCAAAUUGUCGUCUUAAAAGAGGGUCACAUGGUGGCAAAUGGAACUUUUAGUGAACUGCAACACAGCGGUGUGGACUUCACCUCUUUGCUGAAGGAUCAAGAGGACCCUGGGGACGAAAUGCAGACCAUUACGCCUAGCUCCGGAAUGGCCUCUUGCUACUCACACACUCCUUCCAACCUGUCCACCUCCUCCAUGUCCUCCCUCUCCUCUUCCCAGUAUUCUUUAAUGGAUGGCACACAGUUGCAAGCAAUGGUAAUGCAACCAAUUCAGGAGGAAAGCCGCUCAGAGGGAGAUGUCGGCCUUCGUCUUUAUGUAAAAUAUUUCAAAGCAGGAGCCAGCUACAUGAUCCUUUUGGUUCUCAUCUUACUCAAUGCUUUGGCUCAGACAACCUUUGUUCUGCAGGACUGGUGGCUGGCUUGCUGGGCCUCUGAACAGAAGCACAACAAUGUGACAGAGCACCUCAAUGGCAGCCUCCCCCGGCAGCUGGACCUUGACCUGUACCUAGGUGUUUACGCAGGUUUAACAGUUACCUCUGUCCUCUUUGGCUUCCUUCGCUGCUUGGUCCUCUUUAAUGUCAUGGUGUGUUCUGCCCAGACCCUGCACAACAACAUGUUUCAAGCCAUUUUGCGGGCUCCAGUUCACUUCUUUGACAUCAAUCCUAUUGGACGGAUUCUCAACAGGUUUUCAAAGGACAUUGGCUACCUGGAUUCUGUGCUCCCAUGGACGUAUGUGGACUUUAUCCAGAUUCUGCUCCAGGUUGUUGGAGUAGUUGCUGUAGCUGGUGCCAUCAUACCUUGGAUUCUUCUGCCAGUGCUUCCUCUUCUUGCUGUUUUCCUGUUUCUGCGCUGCUACUUCCUGCAGACCUCUAGGGAUAUCAAGCGCUUGGAAUCUACCACUCGGAGCCCUGUUUUUUCUCAUCUUUCUUCAUCCCUUCAAGGCUUAAUUACAAUCCGUGCCAUUAAAGCCCAACACAAUUUUCAGCAAAUGUUUGAUGACUACCAGGAUCUUCACUCAGAGGCCUGGUUCCUUUUCCUUGCUACCUCUCGUUGGUUUGCAAUUCGUCUUGAAGGCAUUUGUUCCACUUUUGUCACCAUUACGGCUUUUGGUUGCAUUUACCUCAGAGAAGAGUUGGAUGCUGGUGCUGUGGGUCUCGCAUUAUCUUAUGCUCUCACCCUCACUGGCAUGUUUCAGUGGGGGGUGCGACAAAGUGCAGAGAUUGAGAAUAUGAUGACUUCAGUUGAGAGGGUGGUCGAGUAUGCCAAGUUGGAGAGUGAAGCAUCAUGGGAAACUGACACACAGCCUCCAUGUGACUGGCCCAAGACAGGCUCCAUCACAUUUGACGAAGUAAACUUCUCGUAUAGCCCCAGCAAGCCCUUAGUCCUGAAGAAUCUGAACAUCACAUUUUCAUCAAGAGAGAAGGUUGGCAUUGUGGGUCGCACUGGUGCUGGGAAAAGCUCGCUGAUCUCGGCCUUGUUCCGGCUGGCAGAACCCGAGGGAAGAAUAAUGAUUGAUGGUGUUGUGACUUCUGAGAUCGGCUUGCACACUCUUCGCCAGAAAAUGUCCAUAAUCCCACAGGACCCAGUACUCUUCACAGGCACCAUGAGGAAGAAUCUGGACCCAUUCAGCCAGCACACAGAUGAGGACCUGUGGAAUGCACUCCAAGAGGUGCAGAUGAAGGUGGUGGUGGAGGAGCUGCCCAGUAAACUAGAGACGCUCCUGAGUGAGGCCGGAGCAAACUUCAGUGUGGGCCAGAGGCAGCUCGUGUGCCUGGCCCGGGCCAUUCUCCGGAAGAACCGCAUCCUCAUCAUUGACGAGGCCACGGCUAAUGUGGACCCAAGAACCGACAGCCUCAUCCAGCAGACGAUCCGGGACAAGUUUCAAGACUGUACAGUGCUCACUAUAGCUCACAGGCUCCACACUAUUAUUGACUGUGACAGAAUACUGGUUCUAGACGCCGGGCGAAUCCAGGAGUAUGACGAGCCCCAUGUGCUGCUACAGAACCACCAUAGCCUGCUUUACCAAAUGGUGCAACAGACCGGCAGAGCUCAGGCCGCCGCCCUGCUCCACACAGCCGAACAGGUUUACAUGAACAAAAAGCGAGGAGCAACAGAGGAGAGCAGCGCCGGGGACGUUUAUGUCAUCUUUGAGACGGCUCUUUGACACUGAAGAGAGG